AUGGUGGGGACACUGGCCUUGACUGACUGCACAGUGUCAAUAAAAACAGCUGCUGGUUACCGCCUGUUAGAUGGUGCUUAUGGUAAGGAAACCCCUGCUUCCCUUCUGACCAGACCGCUAAAAGACCCUGUGAAGAUUGUGAAUUUCGCUCGAGAGAAUGGUAUUGCUGUUACCGCCUAUUCUUCGUUCGCCAACACAAGCUUUCUUGAGCUCAACAUGCAAAUCGCCAGGAACGUCCCGCUGCUACUUUCUCACCCCAUUAUUACGCCCAUUGCUCGGAAGCAUGACAGAACAUCUGCCCAGGUCGUCCUCCGUUGGGCCACACAACGAGGUAUCGCUAUCAUCCCUAAGAGCAACUCUAAAACCCGUCUCCUUGGGAAUCUACGUGUCAAUGAUUUCGGCCUUGAGCAAAACGAAAUCGACGGAAUCAGUGCCUUCAACAGGAAUCUUAGGUUCCACAAUCCCCUAAAAUCGAGGUUGAUUGGUCUAGAGUGA